AUGCGACCCCGUAUUUUAAAAUUUGUUUUGUUUUCAAUUAUUAUUUGUUCUUUUGAAUAUGCCCAAAAUGAAUUAUACUUUAUAAACAAAAGAAACAUAUAUCUUGAAAGGAAUAUAAUAAAUUUUAAAAAUAAUAGGAUAUUAUCAGAUGCAGAAAAACAAUUCGAUUUGAAUAAUUUUUGUGAAUCAACUUUAAGUCUUGUAAAUCAAUUUAAUGACUGUAAUGAUGAUGACAAGAAUAUAAUAAAUAUUCGAAAUCUUAUAAAUUCACAUAUAAAUAAGUGUAAAGAAAGCAAUAUAUUACUCGAUUUAAAUAGUGUAGAUGAAAAAACGAAAAAAUUAAUUCAUAAACUUCGAAACGAAUUAGAAAAAGUAAAACAAGAGAUUGAUAAUAUAAGGAACAGUGAAUUAGAAACACAACCGAUACAAAAUAAAAGAAUAACAAUAAAAUAUGAAAAUAAUUCUGUAUCAGAACAUGAAGACUUUAACGAAUUGGAAAAUUGUGAAACUAUUUUGGAGGACGAAUGUGAUAAUUUUGAAGAUGAAUAUAAUGAAAUUACAUCAAGUAAUACUUAUAAGGAAAUAAAAAUUAAUGAACAGAUACAAAUAACGGGAAUAAAAUACGUUGUGGAGAGUGUUGCAUAUAUAAUAGCUUGUUUUACGUUUCUAGGUGCAGGAGGGAUCUACGUAGUAUUAUUACAUAUACCGUAUAUAAUUUCCUUGAUUAGGAAAUUGUAUAAACUCGUUAAAUUGGGAAUAGAAAGAACAAGAUAUAAAUAA